AUGGACGCCCCUGGAAGGCAGUGCUGGCCCCAGAAGGGUGGCCUGGGACCCUCCCCACCGUCCCUCUCAAGCCCACCCUCCGGAGUUAGCUGCCAGCUGCAGCCUGUCGUCAGUGCCCAGAUCCCCGAGUCCGGGAGGCCGCAGUACGUGGAGCUGCGCCCCGCGGCCGGAGGGGGCGCCCCUGGCCAACCGCUCCCGGGCCCCAGGGCGGCGCACGGCCUGGGCGCCGCGCGCGCCUGGAGCUGGGCCUGGCCGGCUAAUCACACCGGGGCGCCGGCCCGGGCGGGGGCGCUGCCCGCGGCGCGCACCAAGAGGAAGCCGUCGGUCAAGGCCGCCCGCGCCAAGAAGAUCUUCGGCUGGGGGGACUUCUACUUCCGGGUGCACACCCUCAAGUUCUCGCUGCUGGUGACCGGCAAGAUCGUGGACCACGUGAACGGCACCUUCAGCGUGUACUUCCGCCACAACUCGUCCAGCCUGGGCAACCUCAGCGUCAGCAUCGUGCCGCCCUCCAAGCGCGUCGAGUUCGGUGGCGUCUGGCUCCCGGGGCCCGCGCCCCACCCGCUGCAGUCUACGCUGGCCCUGGGCGGGGUGCUCCCCGGGCUGGGGCCCCCGCUGGGGAUCGCGGCCGCGGGGCCCGGGCUGGGGGGGGCGCUGGGGGGCGCGCUGGCCGGCCCCUUCGGGGGCGCGCUGGGAGUGCCGGCGGCCAAGGAGUCCCGCGCCUUCAACUGCCACGUGGAGUAUGAGAAGACCAACCGCGCGCGCAAGCACCGCCCGUGCCUGUACGACCCCUCGCAGGUGUGCUUCACCGAGCACACGCAGAGCCAGGCCGCCUGGCUCUGCGCCAAGCCCUUCAAAGUCAUCUGCAUCUUCGUCUCCUUCCUCAGCUUUGACUACAAACUGGUGCAGAAGGUGUGCCCAGACUAUAACUUCCAGAGCGAGCACCCCUACUUCGGGUAGCGCGCCGCGCCCUCGCCUGGGCCCUAAGCUUCCCGCCUCGUCCCCACGUGGGGCCCCUCCCUGUGCCCGCAGCUCCCGUGGCCGCGCCCACCCCCUCCCUUCCGAGGGCGACGGGAACAGCCCUCCAGGGACCGUCAGCCGGCGUCGGUCCCCCCUUUCCCUAAUGGGGAGCGCCCGCGAGGCGGGGGCGCGGCGGGGGAGAGGUACCCCCGCGAGGCCCCCCCAAGUGAGAGGCGGGCGCGCAGGCCUAGAGUGGGCGGGGCUUGGGGCGGUCCCAGCGUCCCCGGCGUAUGCUUUGGGUCCCCUCCUGCCCCAGGCGCUGGGCUGGAAGUUCCCUUUGUCCGCUCCCUUGAUGCUGCCUGGCCUGACACCCUCCUCGAACCCUUUCUGACCCCCAGGCGCUCGUCCUCCCGUGCCACCCUGACCCCACCUGAAGACUCUUAGGCCUAUAAUUGCGGCCUGUCCCCAGCCCCUUCCGCCUGCGGUAUGCCUGUCUGCCUCGCCCCAAACCCUAAUUAGGGUGGCGGGAGCAGAGCUCUAGGGUCCUCUGCCCGCCCCCUAUCCCCCCUUCCUGCAGUCCUGCCCCCCCCCACGCCCCUUUCCGGCUGCUUCC